AUGAGCGUUUUGAAGAGCAAGGUGAAAGUGGCUUUGGUCCAGUUUGCCAGCGGGAUGCCUGAAAAAGUAGUCAACUUUCAGAACUGUCAGAAAUUUGUGGCCAGAGCCAUGCAGGAACAGCCUGACACCGAAUUGGUUGUUCUUCCCGAGUGUUUUAACUCUACCUACGCAACCAGCGAGUUCCGUAAGAAUGCCGAAGUCAUUCAGGAUGCGUCGCCAUCGGUUAAAUUUCUCAGCGAUCUUGCUCGUAAGCACCAAAUCACACUUGUUGGCGGAACAAUCCCGGAGCUCGAUCCGGUCAACGAUGGUGUUUACAACACCUGUCUCAUCUUCGACAAAACGGGGAAAUUGAUUGCGCGCCACCGCAAGAUGCAUUUGUUCGACGUCAACAUUCCAGGUGGCAUCACUUUUCAGGAAAGUGAGACUCUCAAAGGAGGGAACAGAUGUACUACGGUUGACACUCCACAUGGCAAACUAGGUAUCGGUAUCUGUUACGAUAUGCGCUUCCCUGAGUUAGCCGCUGUGAGCGGCAGAAGAGGCGCUUUUGCUAUGGUUUACCCUAGCGCUUUCAACACAACUACGGGACCUUUGCACUGGCAUUUGCUUGCGAGGGCCCGUAGUGUCGAUAAUGAAUUGUACACCCUCUUGUGUUCCCCUGCCAGAGUUCCUGGAAGCGGAUAUCAAGCCUACGGCCACAGUUUAAUCUCCGACCCACAAGGUAAUAUCAUCGCCGAAGCAGGUGAAGGUGAGGAGAUCAUCUAUGCUGAAUUGGACCCUGAGAAGAUCCAACAGAUGAGAAGAAUGAUCCCCGUAGUAAACCAGGUUCGAUUCGAUGUUUACCACGACGUUAGUACAGAUGCAAAGUGA